AUCAUACUCAGCUGAAAGAUGAGUGAAGGACAAUGGGUCUCCCUCUCAUCAGAAGAAUUUGAUCAACUCCAGAAAUACUCUGAAUAUUCCUCCAAGAAGAUAAAAGAUGUAUUGGCUGAGUUUAAUGAAGGGGGAAGCCUCAAGCAGUAUGACCCACACAAGCCCAUUAGCUAUGAUGUCUUCAAGCUGUUCAUGAGGGCAUACCUGGAGGUGGACCUUCCUCAGCCACUGAGCACACACCUCUUCCUGGCCUUCAGCCAGAAGCCCAGACAAGAGACACCUGACCACCCAAAGGAGGGGGCCAGCAGUAGUGAGCCCAAUGUCUCAGAUUAUAAUGCGGACAAUGCUGCCAAAGCAGAUGAGGCCUGUGCUCCAGACACAGAAUCAAAAUCAACUAAGACACAAGCACCAUCUAAAGGACUAGAGGCUGCAGCCCCAUGGGGAGACCUGGAUUCUCUGGCUUCAAGCUCAUGUGCUCCCACAGUGUACCUGAAGGAUGUUGUGUGUUACCUGUCCCUGAUGGAGACUGGGAGACCCCAGGAUAAGCUAGAAUUCAUGUUUCGUCUCUAUGAUUUGGAUGAAAAUGGACUCCUGGACCAAGCGGAGAUGGAUCAGAUUGUGAACCAAAUGCUGCAUGUUGCCCAGUACCUGGAGUGGGAUCCCACAGAGCUCAGACCUAUACUGAAGGAGAUGUUACAAGGCAUGGACUACGACAAGGAUGGCUUUGUGUCUCUACAGGAGUGGGUCAACGGAGGCAUGACCACCAUCCCAUUGCUGGUCCUCCUGGGGAUGGAUGACUCUGGCUCCAAGGGGGAUGGGAGGCAUGCCUGGACCCUGAAGCAUUUCAAGAAGCCCACUUACUGCAACUUCUGCCACAUCAUGCUGAUGGGUGUUCGGAAGCAAGGCCUGUGCUGCAUCUACUGUAAAUAUACUGUCCACCAACGCUGUGUAUCCAAAAACAUUCCUGGAUGUGUAAAAACAUACUCCAAAGCCAAAAGGAGUGGCGAGGUGAUGCAGCACGCGUGGGUGGAAGGGAACUCCUCCGUCAAGUGUGACCGGUGCCACAAAAGUAUCAAGUGCUACCAGAGUGUCACAGCGCGGCACUGCGUGUGGUGCCGGAUGACGUUUCACCGCAAAUGUGAAUUAUCGACGGUGUGUGAUGGUGGGGAACUCAAAGACCACAUUUUGCUGCCUACCUCCAUAUGCCCCAUCACCCGAGACCGGCAAGGAGGGAAGUCUGAUGGCAGUGUGGCCUCCAAGGGUGAACUUGUAACGCAGUAUAAGAUCAUCCCUAGCCCGGGGACGCAUCCCCUGCUGGUCUUGGUGAACCCCAAGAGUGGAGGGAGGCAAGGAGAAAGAAUUCUUCGGAAAUUUCACUACCUGCUCAACCCCAAACAAGUUUUCAACCUGGACAAUGGAGGGCCUACGCCAGGAUUGAACUUCUUUCAUGAUACCCCAGACUUCCGUGUUCUUGCCUGUGGCGGAGAUGGGACAGUUGGCUGGAUUUUGGAUUGCAUUGAUAAGGCCAACUUCACAAAGCACCCACCCGUGGCUGUCCUGCCUCUUGGAACAGGAAAUGACCUCGCACGAUGUCUCCGCUGGGGAGGAGGUUAUGAAGGGGGCAGCUUGACCAAGAUCCUGAAGGAAAUUGAACAGAGCCCCUUGGUGAUGCUGGACCGUUGGUACCUAGAGGUCAUGCCCAGGGAAGAGGUGGAGAACGGAGACCAGGUCCCAUACAACAUCAUGAACAACUAUUUCUCCAUUGGUGUGGAUGCUUCCAUUGCACACAGAUUCCAUAUGAUGAGAGAGAAACACCCUGAAAAAUUCAACAGCAGGAUGAAGAACAAGCUGUGGUAUUUCGAAUUUGGUACCUCGGAAACCUUCGCAGCCACCUGCAAGAAACUCCAUGACCACAUAGAGCUGGAGUGUGAUGGAGUUGAGGUGGACCUGAGCAAUAUCUUCCUGGAAGGCAUUGCCAUUCUUAACAUUCCCAGCAUGUACGGAGGCACCAAUCUCUGGGGAGAAACCAAGAAGAACCGGGCUGUGAUCCGGGAAAGCAGGAAGAGCGUCACAGACCCAAAGGAGCUGAAAUGCUGUGUCCAAGACCUCAGUGACCAGCUCCUUGAAGUGGUGGGUCUAGAGGGAGCCAUGGAGAUGGGACAGAUCUACACUGGCCUGAAGAGUGCGGGUAGGAGGCUGGCCCAGUGCUCCUCUGUCACCAUUAGGACUAACAAGCUUCUACCGAUGCAAGUGGAUGGAGAGCCCUGGAUGCAGCCGCGAUGCACAAUUAAAAUCACUCACAAAAACCAGGCACCUAUGAUGAUGGGGCCUCCCCAGAAGAACAGCUUAUUUUCUCUGAGGAGGAAAAGCCGUUCAAAAGACUAAACAAACACCAGCUCUACCGAGAAAGAAAAGAAGAAUCUACACACACACAC